AUGUUUCCUAAUUUGCAAGUUCGCAUAUCAGGACUGAUUCCUGAGAGCAAAUAUCUCAUCGCACUGGACUGCAAGUGUUGCGACAUGAAUCGCUAUCGCUACUCUUUUCAAAUUUCUGCCUGGAUUCCUGCAGGAAAGGCUGAUGCAAACCCGUCAGCCAGGAUGCACUUACAUACCGAUGGGUUGGCUACUGGCGCUCACUGGAUGCGUCAAACCGUGCUUUUUGACAAACUGAAGCUGACCAACAACCCGACGGACCAAAAUGACCACCUCGUACUGAACUCUAUGCACAAAUUCCAGCCGCGGUUACACAUUAUAUAUGUUUCAAGCCCGUCACAACACAAGCCCGAUUCGCAACCUGCUCAGAAUUUUAGCCUACUCGAGGUCGCUGAAUGCAGUCCGUGGAAGAAAACGUUCGUGUUCCCAGAAACACAGUUUUUUGCUGUCACAGCAUAUCAGAAUCAUCGCAUCACUCAGUUAAAAAUUCAGAGCAAUCCGUUUGCUAAAGGAUUUCGAGAAUGUGAGGCUGGAAACAGCUCCGCAUACUUACCAGGACCACGAGUGCUUUGCUCACCCUCAAAUACGAAUAAAAUUCAAGCAAAGAGACGUAAGUGCAAACGUUUGCUUUUACACUCGGAUUAA